CGCGCCACUUCCGGCGCCCUGGUCCUGGCAGGGGUGGCUUGGGUGGCAGGUAGGCGGGCUGUGCCGUGCGGCCCGGGGAGCUGCCGGCCGUGGGCGAGCUCCGGGCGCGUGGGAGGCCUGGCGCGGCGCUCCGGUAAGCUGUGGCAGUGUGUUAUGAUGCCAUCCCGUACCAACCUGGCUACUGGAAUUCCCAGUAGUAAAGUGAAAUACUCAAGACUCUCCAGCACAGACGAUGGCUACAUUGACCUUCAGUUUAAGAAAAGCCCCCCUAAGAUCCCUUAUAAGGCCAUAGCGCUUGCCACCGUGCUGUUUUUGAUUGGAGCCUUUCUUAUCAUCAUAGGCUCCCUCUUGUUGUCUGGCUACAUCAGUAAAGGGGGCGCAGACCGGGCCGUUCCAGUCCUGAUCAUUGGCAUUCUGGUGUUCCUGCCUGGAUUUUACCACCUGCGCAUCGCCUACUAUGCAUCCAAAGGCUACCGGGGUUACUCCUAUGAUGAUAUUCCAGACUUUGAUGACUAGCCUCCACCUCCGCCCUGAAGAGAAGAGUCACAGUGGGACUGCCUGCCCCAGCUUUAAGAUGUUGAGCAGAAACUAUUGCUAAUUCUGCAGUUUGCAGAUGUUUAACAAAGCAGUGGCCGAUUUUAUGGGUCUGUCCCAAAGAUGUUAACUGAGCUUCCAGUUAGCUAAUUAGUAUGUGCUCUGUUUUUCAUCUCCUGGCCUUGGCAAAGCUCUUGACUGGUUUUUCCACAGGAAUAUGUACCAUGGAAGCAUUGCAGUGUUAAUUAUCUGGGAAGAUGAGAGGUUAUACUGUAGUGGAAAAUGUUGCCAUCACCACCCCCUUUAGAGUUUGAGCAUUUCUUUCAAAUAGUCUUUGUUGUUCAUCUGUUUUUGUAGCAAAUGCAGUAUGUCUAAUUUCUUAUUACUGAGUAUUUAUUUUUAAGAUAUCUAGUUAUCCCCUACAUUUAUCUCUACCUUCAUGUUCCAGUGGAAGACCUUGAUAAAAUCAGAUAUCAUUGUGGGUCCAUCUGUAA